GAAAGAAUAAUCAGGUUAAAGGUUAUGUUGCUAGCUAAACCGGUUGGUCAUAUUUUUAGCAAUGAAUUGUUCGCUACUUAUUCUAAUUUUUCAUGCUGAGCAAAUCAGCAAAAAUCUUUCAAAUAGUAACUUUCUUCCGCAGCAAUUAUUUCAACUUUAAUUCAGACAUGAACAUAAUCAAAAUGUUUCCUUCUUCCCGAAUAACUUUGAGUAAUCUCUUUUAUGUGCUUCAAGUUCAUUAUCUUCUUAUAACUUUAAAAAUUUAUUUAUUUCUUAACUUUCAUGUAAUCCAUUGCAAUGCAAAAGAAUCUACUAUAUCACUAAAUAAUAGUAAGAUAUACGGACCUGGCUUAGAAGCAAACUUCACUGUUCCUGUCAGAUAUUUUUUUAUUCAUCUUCUGGACGAAGAAAACAAAAGCUUUGUGUCCUCUCCUGAAAAUCUGAGCAUCCAAGUUGUUGGGCUGAAGCAAAAAUGCCGCAUUUGGUACCAACUUCUUCAGAUUGGUGACGGCCUCUUUGUUGCGCGAUACAGGCUGUAUGAAACAUGCUUUGGUAUAAGAAUCGAUGUAGUAUAUGAUAAAAAAUGGGUGGCGGAUGCCCCCUAUAUCAUUGAAGGUUUAUUGUUUCAUGAACAGUGUUACUGCCCAAAAUCUAUGACAGAUUGGAUGUCAGAUCUUAAGUGCAAAUCAAAGUAUCCACAAAUUGAUUCUGAUUUGAGCAUUUUCCCUGAAGUCAACAUGACCAAAGUGAUGGAAGAUGCAUUACAGAGGUUCAAUCACCCAGCAUCUUAUAGUAUUUGUCAUUAUUCUGUAGUUUCGAAUCAGAUUUACAGAAAAUGUUAUGGGCAGCAUGUUGGUUUCAGUAUGUUCAUGGAUGAAAUACUUCUUUCUUUGGCACGCAAGUUUUAUUUGCCAGAUUUAGAACUUAUAGCUAAUCUCGGAGACUGGCCACUGGAAAAUCGACAGCCUGCCCAAAAUCCUAUACCUAUAUUUUCUUGGUGUGGUUCAAAAUCUACUAGAGACAUUGUCAUGCCUACUUAUGACAUUACAGAAGCGACAUUGGAAAUGAUGGGAAGAGUGAUGGUUGAUAUAUUAUCAGUGAUGGGCAACUCUGGACCUCCAUGGGAAGAAAAACUUAAAAUUGCUUUCUGGAGAGGUCGCGAUAGUCGACCAGAAAGAUUAGACUUGAUAAAAAUUGCUCGUCAAUAUCCAGAUUUGAUAAAUGCCUCUUUGACAAACUUUUUCUUCUAUCCAAAUCAAGCUGAAGAAUAUGGACCAAAAGCCGAGUACAUAUCAUUUUUUGAUUUUUUUAAGUAUAGGUAUCAAAUCACAAUUGAUGGCACUGUGGCUGCUUAUCGAAUGCCUUAUCUCCUAGCGGGUGGAGGUCUUGUGUUGAAGCAAGAUUCAGAGUUUUAUGAACAUUUUUAUAAUGAUAUUCGUCCAAUGGUCCAUUACAUACCUUUCCAAAGAAACUUGUCGAACUUGGUUGAUGAACUGAAGUGGGUGAUGUCUCAUGAUGAUGAAGCCAAAGAUAUAGCUCAAAAUGCACAGCAAUUUGCCUUAGCCAAUUUGAUGCCGAAUGAUAUUUUGUGUUACUAUGCUACCUUAAUAAAAGAGUAUUCAAAAAGAUUAAUAACUGAGAGCAUAGAACAUGAAGGUAUGGAGCAUGUGAAACAACCCCUCCAGAAAAAUUGUUUCUGUUCCGAGUUGGAGAAGGAUUUGAAUUUGAAAGAAGAAUUAUGAUGGAAGCAAUAAAGAUGAAAUUGGGAAAAAUAAAGAUAGGAGCCUACAUUCAUGAAGAAUCUCUAAAAAGAACCCUUACCGGAAAUAAAAUGGAAUAAACUACUGAGAUAUACUGACCUUUUUCAUAUAUCUUUCAUAACCACAGUGGACGUUAGUUAAUUGGAUUAACCGCUUUAUUGAAUCAAAUCAUCAAAAACAACAAAAUCCAGGCACUAUUGGCCACUUUACUGACUCAAAGCUGUUUAGAACAAACAUGAUUCAUAUAAGCGGCAGCCACUGUAUUUGUAAACUAAUUACUAAUUUAGAAAGUUUACACAAGAAAACUAAAAGGGGCUAUCCAUAAUGAGGUCACACUACGAGGGGGUUAUUGUGUGAAAUGGAGCUUGUAACAAGAGGCAACAAGAAAUUUAACAUUUACUUAACAAUUAGGUUUAAAUAAGUCUUAUUUUAAAAAGAUUUAAUUGCUAUAUUUUCCCAAUUUUGUUUUUUAUUCUCAAUGACUUUAUUUUGCAUCAAAAAACAUUGAUGCUGAUGAUUCAUAGUUUAAAUUGAAAAGGAAAUCAUGUUGUGUAUUUAGUUUUAAGAUUUCAGCCUUUCAAAAAAUUCUUAAAAAAUAACACAAAAAUAAUGCGUUUGAAACAAAAGUGAAGAUCAGCUCAUUGAUUUUCUCUCAUAUCCCUAUUUUGGUGAUAUUGACAAAAAAAGCAUGGCUGAAGUGCGUAGAUGAUUGAUCAGUAAUUGUAAAUAAAAUAUGAAAUGUAGUUUUGGUAUAAUGCUUUGAUUAUGAACUCAAAAUCGAGUAUGGUUAGUUAAUUUUAGCGGAACAAGAAGAAAGCAGUAUGGUGAAGUGUGACCCUUUGUGAUAAAGGGAUAUGGGGUCAAGAACAUUAAAAAUAAAUGUGACACCAUUUAUGGAGAGCCCAUAAGCAGAAGAAUGCUAUUUAUGGAAGUCUAUUUUUUGAAGCAUGAACUUGUUUCAACAAAACUUUGUUUGAUGUGAUUUCAUUGAUUGAUCAAAAUUUUAAAGUUUUAUAUGUAUAUGAUGUUCUACUUAAAAGUUUUUAGCAGCAUGUAAAAUUUCAUUCUUGUAAAAUAUUCUUUACUCAAACAAAAGGUUUUACUUCACUCUAGCAUUUACUUAUGUUUUAAAAACCAAAGAUGUAUAUUAUGCAUUAAAAAUGCAUAAUUCAAUUUACAGCAUUUCUGUAAAUAUAUAUUUGU